CGCCAUUGUGCGCCGUAUACUAAAGUGAUGUCAAAUGUUGUUUGGUUUACUGAAGAAUUUUUAACUUGAUUUAUUUGCAGUUUAUCAGACUUGAUUCAUUCGCAGUUUCUUAAGUCGAGCUCGUUCCAACAUUAUGUCUGCCAUAUUUAAUUUUCAGAGCCUACUGACUGUAAUAUUAUUGCUAAUAUGCACCUGUACCUACAUUAGAUCGCUGGCACCGAAUUUGUUUGACAAACGGCUAGGAAAGGUUGGUUUUCAGGGUACUUUUUGGAAAUGUGCUAGGAUUGGGGAAAGAAAGAGUCCAUAUGUGGCUUUUUGUUGCAUUUGUAUGGCCUUUAGUAUUUUAUUUUGGUCGUAACAUUCUUACAUGGGUCAUUCUGACCAAUGCAUUUGGUGUGUAUUCCAAAAUUAUAACCUAAUAUAUAUUUAUGUAUCUAAGGUCCGAGAUGUGAGAAAAUAAAAAGCAGUUUUGACAAACAGCUAUAUUUGCCGUUUCAAUAAUACAUAAAAAAUACACUCGUUUAAGCUAGACUUAAAGUCAAAACGAACGUCACUGCUAAAUGCAUGAUAGUUUUUUUUUCUUAUUUGUCAACACAUUUUUUCCUCCUCAAAGCCAUAUCAUCCAAUUUGAGCACAUUUUCUCAUUGUAUUCUCAUAAUAUAUUUUUCCGUCCUAUAAACAACAACAUUCUUUUAAUAUAGUUAUUGUAAAGUUAUUAUAUUGAGCAUUCUGUGAUAUACAGGGUUCGUUAGAUAGGUACAUUUAACACAUUUUUGCUCUGUGCGGGAUAUGCUAGCUUCUCCAUGACAGUAAACCAUGCGAUGUAACUAAAGCGUCGUCUACAAUAUGCGAAGUAAGUUUGGUUU